CGUACGUUCGGACGUGUGUUGCGGCCGUAUUUCACGUUUCGGGUCAAGCAUCCCUACACUUGUGAAACGAAACGGUGUAAAAAAUUCACGCGUAAAAAAUUGCAAAAGUGAUGUGCUAAACAGCAAAACUUUAACAAUGCUGGCGAUGGAUUCUCUGUGGUGCGGGUCGGAGAGCGAGCUCUCGACGCUGAGGCUGUGCAAGAGCGCGAUAGAGAAGCAGGAGUACAGGCUCAGACGGAAGCCGUCGAAGAGUCUGAUCCCGCAGGGGCUGCUGCACGCGCACCCCGAGCAGCCGCGCGCGGUCAGGAGGCGAAGGUCCGGCACUUGGCCGAGGACAAGGUCUCUGAACGCGCCAUCUCCCAUCCACCAGUUCGGACCAUGCGGCAGAAUAAUGAAGAACUCGGCUAUGGUUAUGCAAAUCCAAGACCCGGCGUCGCAGCGGCUGACGUGGUACAAACAGCCGCUGACGGUGCUGGUGAUCAAGAAGGUGCACGAUGCUACCAUCCUCACGCCGUUCGUGCAACUCGUCCACUGGCUCGUUCAUGACAAAAGCAUGGUAGUUUACGUAGAAGCAGCCGUACUGGACGACGUGCUACUGGCAGAAUACGGGGAUUUCACAUCAGUACGGGAGAAGCUGAUGACGUUCCGGGCGGGACAAGAUGAUCUCACGGAUAAAAUUGACUUCAUCAUCUGUUUGGGGGGCGAUGGGACACUAUUACAUGCCAGCUCGCUAUUUCAGCAAUCGGUGCCCCCCGUGAUGGCGUUCCACCUAGGCUCGCUCGGCUUCCUCACGCCCUUCGAGUUUAACAACUUCCAGGACCAAGUCAUGAAUGUUCUAGAAGGUCACGCGGCGUUAACGCUCCGAUCGCGAUUACAAUGCGUGGUGCUCCGCAAAAGCAAGAAGGACAACGAGGGCCGCAAAUGCAUCCUGGUGCUCAACGAGGUGGUGGUGGACCGCGGGCCCUCGCCCUACCUCUCCAACAUCGACCUGUUCCUCGACAACAAGCACAUCACGUCCGUGCAGGGCGAUGGUUUAAUAGUAUCGACCCCGACAGGCAGCACCGCGUACGCGGUGGCGGCGGGCGCCAGCAUGAUCCACCCGUCCGUGCCCGCCAUCAUGGUGACGCCCAUCUGCCCGCACUCGCUCUCCUUCCGGCCCAUCGUCGUGCCCGCGGGCGUCGAGCUCAAGAUCGCGCUAUCGCCCGACGCGCGCAACGCGAUGUGGGUGUCGUUCGACGGCCGCAGCCGCCAGGCGCUGCAGCACGGCGAUAGCCUCUACGUAACCACCUCAGUGUACCCGGUGCCGUCGAUAUGCGCGCAGGACCAGAUCUCCGACUGGUUCGACUCGCUGGCCGAGUGCCUGCACUGGAACGUGCGCAAGAAGCAGAAGCAGAUGGACGAGCUCAGCGACAUGACCUACUCGUCCAGCGACAACCUCGAGGAGCUGGAGAACAACGAGCGGCCCGCGGACACGUGACCUUAUAGUAUUACGAUGGAAUGCGAGUUGGCUUAACACAUUCCUUUAGGGCGCCGCCAGCGCUGUUUUAUUCUCGGGCUGUACUUGCCGCAAAACUAAGUGGCGAGUCAAGUCGUAUAUUAUCGAAAUCAUGUUAUGUCCUCCGCACUUGCGCGCCCUUAUGGAGCGGGACUCGGAAUAAUAAUAUACGCAUUUGGUGCCGCGGCAAGUAUAAUAAACGAGGCAUUUUAAGCUGCUUUUCAGAGUUCGAGGUAGCUAACCCGUGAGAGUUCAUAAUAGUUUCAUCUAAAGCUAAGCUAUUUAGCUGGUGUGUUAUGAACACACAUAACUCCACAGUUUUCCGGCUAUGUUGAAUUAGCUAAACAGCGUAGCACAUUUCGAAUAGAAAUGCGGACAUAUUGUAAAUUACUCAAGAAUCUCGAAUAGUCAUCUUCUCGAAUUGUCCUAUUUAGAAGUAUUUUUUGUCUACCUAAAAAUUACAUUUAUAACUUUGAAUUGCCGCUGGCGGGCAUGUUUUCUUUUUAUUUAUGCGAAAUCACAUCGGCACAUUAUUUUGUAAUUUAUGCAACAAUGUCUUGUCUUUACAAUCGCCUCUAAACGUGAAUGAAAUUGCAAUAACUUUGUAAGUACUGUGCAAUAGAAGAAUUUUUUCACAAUGCGUCGCCACGAUUUGUGAUUUUCGUGUUAAUGCAUUUUAUGGGCUAUGUGAUAGUAUUUUGAAAUUAUAUUUUAUGUUUAAAUUGAGUUUCCCAGCAUUCCUUCGGACAAUAAAAAUGUAAUUCUGUUAUGUCUUCAGGGAUAUUUUCUUGUUAUGUUUUAUAGUGAAAUGGUCGGUUAAGGUUCAGAUUUAAGGAUUGUUUGUUUCGAUAACUUAGUGAGUACUUAUUGUAGAUAUACCAUCGAUGUAUAAGUGCCUUGGCCGCUUGGUGUUUUGAACAACGCUACAAACAUAACUAGUUUUUACCAACUACGGCGAGGUGCUAUUAAGAGUGCCAAAAAUGUAACAGGUACAUAGAUGAAUUAGUGUUCAGAAGAGCACAAAGAAAGUUUAGAAUUAUACGUUGUAAAUAAUAA